AUGGGGAACUAUUAUCCCCGUAGCUUAAACCCUUCGCUCUCCUCACGACAUCUCUCUGCCCUUCAGCCCCAGAGGCGCCCCGUCGAGACCGCCCUGCGGGCCAAGCUGGAGAGCAGCCUGCGCCCUGCCCACCUGGAGGUGGUCAACGAGAGCCACCAGCACGCCGUGCCCGCCGGCUCGGAAGACCCACUUCAAGGUGGUGGUGGUCAGCGAGCACUUCGAGGGCUCUCCCUCAUCCAACGGCACCGGCUGGUCCACGAGGCCGUGAGGGAGGAGAUGGCCGCCCAGGUGCACGCCCUCUCCAUCCACGCCAGGACCCCCCGGCAGUGGGCGGACGACCCGACCGUCGACAGGAGCCCCCCCUGCCUGGGAGGAUCCAAGCACGACCGUCACGGAGCAGGGAAACCCUCCCCCGCCAACUGACCAAUAAACAAUGAACUCUCCACUGUCGACUGUUGGUGCUGUCUGAGGCUGACUGACCCACUACCCUUCUGGGAGCCCACAUUCACCUCUCCCAAGCCAUUGGCGCCCU